UGUGCAGCAUCGCACUACGCAACUUCCGUGGAAUAUCUGAUGGUCUCGGUGGGCUGUAUAAUGGGCACCGGAUUCGGCCUAAUGUAUUGCCCGGCCAUCGUCAUUGUCACCAUGUAUUUUGAAAAGAAAAGAGCGAUGGCCACUGGCAUAGCAGUAUGUGGCGCCGGUGUCGGAACUGUCUUAUUUGCUCCGAUCAGUGAGGCACUUAUCAAGGCAUUCUCCUGGAGGACGGUAUUCGCCGUUUAUGCUGGUGAGCCUUGUAACUUUAUCAGAGAUCUGUAUCACUUAUUUACCGAACUGAUAAAUUUGUGA